AUGACUCACGAGUCCGUUUGGUACAGCCGCCCCCGCAAGUACGGCAAGGGCUCUCGUUCUUGCCGUGUUUGCAACCACACCGCUGGUCUCAUCCGCAAGUACGGUAUGGACAUCUGCCGUCAGUGCUUCCGUGAGAAGUCCUCCGACAUCGGUUUCCACAAGCGACCCAAUCCUCGGAAACAACUCGUCGCAGUAGAAGGUACGGCGACCCUUCAGGGCAUGACUGACGAGCUGCACAGUACCGCUAAGCAAAUCAAAAACGUGUCCACCUGUGAAUUCCUCCUCGAUUCAUUCGCGUCUACAUACUAG